AUGUCGACAUUAUCAACGGCUACGGUCACAGAAAUAGGGGCCAUGCCAUCAUCCGCCUCAAACCACCCAACUCUUUUGACUCUGCCUCCAGAAGUAAGGAAUCUCAUCUACAAAUUCGCCUUUCAACAGCCAACCCCUCUGAGACUCCGUUCUCCCUCACAAAGGCGGCUUCGUCCAUCCCGACCUGCCAAAGACGACACGCGAGGGCUCCUGGAUACCUGCCAGCUGAUCCGCUCCGAGGCCGUCACACUCUACUACAGUCUCAAUCCCCUGGUCUUCCGUUCUACAGAAGACGUUCUGGCGUUCAUGUCUGACCCAAACAUCCAUCCGUUGAUCAAGCCUUCCUUGACGCACAUUGCCGUUGAUUUCGGCGACUCCACUGAUGCCGAUUCCAUUCUCAAAGAUCACAUCAGCCUGGUGGACAGCUGUGUGGGCAGCCUGCCAAGGCUCAGAGCUCUUGAAACCCGCUUCUAUGCCCGGACCUUGGACGCCUGCUCAUCAUCCCAUUUCCGAACUCUUGCCUUGGCUUUCGAUGGACUCGAUGCCGACAUGAAUGCACCUCCUUCACCUCGCUCACCUCGCUCUCCCCGUGGCUCUCCUCGAGGCUCUAUCUCCAGCGACACCUGUUCACCUUCCCCGCCAUCUAGCCCCUACUCCCCUACUCUCUGGUCAGACGCCGAAUGUGACGCGGAGCCUGAACCGGACACGUCUGCCAUCCAGGCUGAGGUGCUCGAACAGUACUGCUUCACACCAUCCGCAGCCCUGGCGUUUGCGACCUCUAAGCUCAAGUUCUCUGUUGCGGCCUCCUCCCAGGACUACCCAGGCGUCAAGCAUGACAAGUUGAUCUGCUAUAAUCUUCGCAUCGGUGUCGAUGGGGUCGUCAACGCUCUCGGCCCGGCCCAAGAAGCCGUCAAGCAACGUGUUAGCCGCGUAGGCAUACUCCCAAGACGCCUAAGCGAGAUGUACGAGACCGCUGCUGACGGCAGCUUUCACCAAAGGGUGAGAGCAACCAUUGCCAGUUGCGCGAGAAUCGAUGUUGGUGUAUCGUGA